ACGUGAUACUAUCACCUGUUUCUUAUUUUCUAGCUUAUUAUACAUGUAAGCGUUCUAACCACUGUCCCCUGGGCUAUCACUUAAAUUUCUCCAUUUCCGCUCUAGGCUUUGACUGGAUGCCACACUGACCACACAUGUAUAGCCACGAUGUUCCUUUCCGAUGGAGGGAGAUUCCAUUGGAAAUUGUGGAAAAGAUCAUCUCCUACCUACCGGCAUCCCUUCUUGCAGUAUUGAGGAAGUCGCAGAACGCCCCCAUUGCUGCUGUGGCACGCAGAUACUACUACUCGAGAAUCGAAUUGGUCUUUAACCUGCGCGUAGAGAUCGGCUAUCACUCGCCCAAGGACUUCCUGGCUAUUCAACUAACUCUCCCUGAAUUUGAAGAGUUGGCAAACAGCCCUGGGCUUGACCAGCUUCGCAUACAGAAGUUAUAUAUUACGGUUUACACAGAGGUACAGGGGUAUAGGUUCCUCCACCAAGAAGCAUUCACCAAGGUCUCGACCAUUGUGACGGAUGUCAUGCUUGAAUUCUUUACACAAGAAAAGGGUGCAGCCCGCUUUGACUGGGAUUGGUUGCCCCCUUCUCCUCGGGUCCAAAAAUGUAUCCGAGAAAUCUCUGUCCGAUACACAAGCAUUGAUCCCAACGUGCUGGCCUUGCCCUCAAACUUACGCAAACUCGAAAUUCUCCAUACCAAGUAUCCGUGUCAGAUCGAUGAAAACGCCCCGGAGAUUCAAUUUCCGCCAAAACUUGAAGAUUUGAAAUUCUGCAACCCUUGGAUACCUAUGUCAAAGUACGGAAACUUGCCAUCGACUUUGCGGGAGCUAGACUUGGUUGACAUCGAAGACUUUUCGGUCCAGGGUUUUAAUGCCCUACAUUUACCGCACUUGAAGGCUUUGCGAUUAACGCGGCUUUCCGGAUUGAAAAUGAUUGCUGAGCUGUUUGAAUUGCCUCCUCUGUUGGAGCUUUUAGACCUCCGGUACAUGGGCAUUAAAAGCUUUGAACAGCGGAAAUUGCCUCCAUCCUUAAAGGUGCUAUCCUUCCUGGGAUGUCCCAUCAGGAAGUUUUGCACUGGUGACCUUCCAGAUUCUCUAACAAAAUUGGUUUUUGAUUAUACGCAGCUUACCUCAGCGGACAUUCGGACACUCACAUUUCCUCCGAACUUGAAAACCUUGGAAAUUAUCCAUGGUCACCUAACGUCGGUUGACUUUGUGAACGCGUUGCCUCCUUCGUUGGAACUGCUACUGCUCCACGACAAUUCCCUUGGCUCCUUGUGCGAGACCGACGAAGAUGAAGACACGGCCAGGGCAUUCCAAAUUCUCUUUCCGAAAAGUAUUGAGGCGAUAAACCUCGGAAACAACAGUUCGUUCUUUGCCACUUAUUCACCGGUCAACCUCGUCUUCCCUCCAAAUUUAAAGGAUAUAGGACUCCAGAGAAUGGGCAUGCGUUCAGUAAAGGGGUUGAAACUUCCUCGGCUGCUUCAAUUUCUCAACCUUCACUACAAUAGUUUAACAAAUAUCAAUGCAAUUGAUAUUCCACCUACCUUGGCCAAUUUACUGUUGAGUAACAAUUGCCUUGAAUCGUUCACGCAAAAACUACCCGACACCAUUUGUAGCGUGGACUUGGAAGACAACCGCUUGACCGAGUUGGUAGGCUUCCACCUCCCAGUUAACUGCACCACCUUUGAAAUCUCCCAUAAUCCCCUACAGAGGAUUCAAAUUACCAAUGCGGACGAUCCAAAUUUGAAGCUCCGGUAUUUGUGUUUAAAUGGAAUGUCCACUGUCGCUCUCUGUGAUAUCUUCCCCCUUCCUAAUUGCAUCGAAACCUUAGUUUUGCAAGGGUCUCAAUUACGCUCCCUUGCAGAGUUUCUGUUUCCUAUGGGAUUGAAAAGAUUAGAGAUCACCCUGAACAGGUUGGUAUCUUUGGAAAACGUCAACUUCCCGCCUCACUUGGAGAUAUUACGUCUUCAUGAUAAUGAAUUGACUAGUUUGGCCAAUGUUCAAUUCCCUGAAACCUUGCUUUGCUUGGAACUAGAGCUGAAUAUGCUUGCCUCGGUUGAUGGAAUUCGUUUACCUCCCAAGUUGAAGGUGUUGGACCUUGAAAGCAAUGCGAUCACCGCAAUCAAUGAUUUGCGACUACCAGACUCGCUCGAAGAGUUGAUCUUGGCUAACCAGGAAAGUGAAGCUACUACACACGAUGAAAUCUCACUAGCUGAUCCCCGAAUAAAAGGAUUGUCGAACAUCAAUGGCAUAACCAAACUCCCUUCUAACUUGGAGUUUUUGGAUUUGUCCAACAAUGAUUUGUCGGAGCGGGAUAUUAGGCACUUAGACUUCCCCGUGAGUUUGUCAAGCUUACACGUGUAUCCCAACAGGUUUACUGACUACCUUUCAUGGUUGGAAGGGAUGAAUCUGAAAUAUCCGGAUUUGGAAAUAGACGAAAGGGCUGAUUGGGAUAAUAGAGAGUCCCUGUCUUACUCGGAUGAUUCUACUGGUAGUGAGGAUGAAAUGCCUUAUGAAUUUUGACCUCAAUCAGGGGUGCAUAUUGACUGGAAGGGGGUGUAUUAACCUAUGAAGCGCUUUAGCUUGGUUGAGAAAAUCUGAUUAUACCAAAACUUGGCCUUUUUUUAAACUCUUUGGUUUAGGUUCUGAGUUUAAGCUUGCUUCACUUCUGAACCCCUCCUUGUGUUGAUAGCAAUGCUAAUUCAUCCCCGCAUUAAGCUUAUUCCCCUACGUCACUAGGGCUGUCAUUCACCCGAGUUCGCGAAAGUGCAGAUCUCACCUGGGCUGUUCCGUGCCGU